GAAGAAAGACGGCGAGAGGCGAGGGAGGGAAGGAUGGAGGGAGGCUGGGAGGAGGAGGAGGAGGAGGAGGAGGAGAGAGAGCAAGCGUCAGCACUCCAUGUGUUAAAAGGGCAGAUGGUAACCGCGGGUAACUGAGGAGAAAGCACUCUGCCGGCCACAGAGCCAGAGAUCAGCGGAGAGAGGAGGAACGAACACAUGCAGAGCAGAGAGAGGCAGCAUCCAACACGCAGGACUUCUGCUUCUUCUGCUGCUGAUGCUGCUGCUGCUGCUGCUUCUCCUCACUAACAAGGAGGUAGCAGCUCAGGGAGGAGGAUGAAGAGGAUGCUGCUGAGAUAGAAGAAAAAAAGUAUCCCUCCCUGCCACUUAGAGACAAAGAGAGGAGGCAAAAAAAGAGAGCAGGAGGAGGAGAGGCGGUUGGACUGAUCAAUGAGAGGCUUCAGCAGAGACUCAGUGACAGACUGAUGAAUGAAAGAUGGGAGCAAAACAUCUGGAGAGGACUUAGAGGGAAAUAUUUAACGGGAGGAGAAUAAAAAAAACAUUUAGAGGAAGACAAAAGAGGAGCGGAGGGGUGAAAUAUUCAGGAGUUAGAGAAACUUAGAGAAGAGAGGGAAUAAAUGAGGAGCAGCCUCGUUUAAAGCCGAGGAGAUAAGUUGAGGAACCGCAGAAGAAGAACGACGAGCAGCUUUCAGGACUUUUUCCAGGCAGAAACUCCGAUGGCGUGCUACUACAUAGUGAUCAGUUCCACCCACCUGCGUGAUGGACAGCUGAGGAGCAUCAAGGGGGUUUUCAGAGGACCAAUAGGAGCCGGCGGCCAGAGGAACACGGAGGAGGGAGACUCGAGGUUUUACUGCGAGCUCUGCAAUAAACAGUACGUCCGACAGCAGCAGUACGAAAACCACAUCAACUCCUACGACCACCAUCACAAGCAGCGGCUGAAGGAGCUGAAGCAGAGGGAGUUCUACCGAGCGUUGGCCUGCAGGAGGCAGAGGAGGCGACGGGAGGAGAAACGAGAGGAGAGAGCGCUGAGGAGACUCCAUCAGCAUGAGGAGAGGAGGACUAGAGACUGCGCUCCAGGUUCUGGUCCGAUGUUCAGGUCCACCACGGUGGCCGUGGAUCCGGCCGAUCAGUCCAGACCCGACUGGACGGACGGCGGCUCGCUGGGAACCAAACCUCCGACCCAGCUCAUCCAGCCCUUCCUUCCUCUGGAGACCAGCCUCCAGUGGGCCUACAACCCGGUGGACACCGGCAGCUCCACCACACCGGCUCCCGACAUCCUCAACGAGCAUCACCUGACGCCGACCAACGCCGGACUCUUCAACAAGCUGCCCUGGGCUCGUCUGAGUGGCUCCAGAACUCCUGGUAAAGCCCAGCCCGAGGCGCCGUCCGCCCCCUGCAGGGUCCGACCGGUUUCCUUCUCGCUGCCCAAGCGGAGCUGCGUCCUGCUGCACCAGUCGGCCGCCGUCUUCAUCCAGGAACGGGCCAAGAACCUCGCCGACAAACCGGCGGAUCAGCAGCAGCUCAAAUCUCCGGUUUGUGCCGACGUGGACGCCGCUGGUCGCUGGGAUUCUGGAAACCGGUGCGAGGACGGUAAAGCCGAGAAGGCAGCGGCAGGACUCUCUGGGACCGGAGCCCAGGUCGCUUUGUGUAACGGAGAUGAUAGCACGACCGUGAGCGGGGACCAAGUCCAGCUCUCCUCACGCAACGACGACGGGAGUCCAGCCCAAGAUGGCGCCGAAACACCAGAAGACAAUCAGACGCCGGAUUCUGAGCUGGAAAAGACUCAAACGGAGCCCGAAGUUUCACCUCCCGUCCCUCCAAGUCGACCCAAAGAGCCGUUCUGCCGAGUCCUGAGCCGAGAUGGCGGCCGGGUUCUGCUGUGGCCGACAGAGAUGGUCAGCUACACCAAGACGUCACCCUCCGUCUCCUACAGCGUCAACCCUCUACUGUACGACUUCAGAGCACACAACAAGGCUAGGGAGGGAAAUAAAGGAGGGCUGGAGAGAAUAAAGCCAUCUGUGAUCAAACAACCCGGCUGCCAACGGAGGCAGGAAGAUUCGCAGGGAGGCAGGGAGGUGAGGAGAGAUGAAAGGGAAGAGGAGGAUGAAGGAGGACAGCCGGGAAAUCCUGUGGAACUCGUAGCCCGUUGUAGCGCCGGCGACGCAUCUCCAGAUGAAAGCGCUUUAAAAUUCGCUUCCGCCGAAUGCCACCGAGCGCCGACGCCGGGCCUUCAGAAACCAGCGAAGAGGAGGAGGAGGAGGAAGAGGAGAGGAGGCGUGAGGAGGGGGAUGAGGAAGAGGGGGAGGAGGAAAAGGCGAGAGGAUAGAAAGGACUCAGAGAGGGGAAGGAGGAUAAUAAGCAGCCUUUGUGCGAGUCAGAUGUUUGAAGGGAAAGUGGAGGAGAGGUGGAAGCGAGAGGGCAAAGACGAGAGGAGGGAAAAAGGGCUAUUAAGCAAUCUGGCGGCACAUCGGCUGGUGGGAGGCAGAGAAAAGAGGAUGAGGGGAGAAGAGAGGAGGAUAAGGGGAGAUCAGACGGAGCGGGAGAGGGCAGGUAGAAAUGACGAGAAGAGAGGAGAGCUAUUAAGUAAUCUUCCCGUGAAUCGGUGUAAUCGCUGUAACCAGCUGUGUCUGCAGGUGAAAAGGGAGGCCAGCCAGCAUCAAUCCCAGCAAUCAGCCUCCGGGUGGGGCCAGGGGCUCAGAAAGCUCCUCUGCAGGGGUGCAGCAUGCGGCCCAGUGAUUAGCCCCGUCCCCGCGUCUGUUACAGCGACGCCACGCUGUCCUGCAAUUACACCCGACCCGGCACAGAAUGAUGGGGGGACGGAGGAAGAGGAGCGGAGGAACCCGAGGAAGAUAAAAGCCGCCGAGGAGGCCGAAGAAGACGCGUGCGAUCCGGCGAUUAGCGAACCGGAGAUUCGAUUCAUUCCCAAAGCUCACGGUGAAGCAGCGUGCGAUCCAGCGAUUAGCCUCAUCCCUGCGUGCGCUCAAAGACAAACAACACCUGCAGGAGGCGGCGACCCGGCGUCAGAUCCACGCUGCUCUGCACAAAACGCCGAAACCGACACGAACCUCGACAGAGAUUCCUGCAAGAGGAAGAGGAGUUCGGAGGAGGCAACGCCGAGGAAGAAACGGAAACGAGGAAGGAGGCCGGCGAGGAGAGCCGGCGAGGCCUGUCGAUGUCGGGAGCUCAACGGGACGCUAUCGGACGACUCAGUUUGCAGGACGAACUCUGAGGACGGCGAGGAAACGGAAAAAGAGGAGAAGAAUCAGGAGGACGACUCUGGAGACAAUCACAACCCGGCCGAGGACAAACCGACCUGCAGCAGCGAGGCGUCCGAACUCUCCUCUACCUGUAGCACUGAAGACGCUCCGACGGACUCGGACUGUCGCUGCAGCAACGAACAAACGAACGAAACCAAACCGCAGCAACAAACCCAACACAAACUCUGCAAACCUCCCGUUUGUUCUGAUUGUAAUCACUGUGGAGACGAAAACGGAGGCAAGGAGGGGAGGAGGGUGAGGCAGGAGGAGGCGCCGAGGAGGAAGGAGGCCGACCCGGAGCACCUCUACCCGGAGAAGAGGCCUCGCUUCCCCCGCCGCCUCCCUCCGCCCUGCCUCCCCCUCCACGCUCCCCUCCUCCUGCCGCCGUCGCUCUCCUCCCCCUCCUCCUCGUCCUCCUCCUUCUCCUUCCACCACACCAUCAUCCAGCAUCACCUGUCGCUCCUCCCUCCUCCGUCUCACCUCCACGUCCCUUCAUACCCUCCCCUCCUCCCCUCCUUCUCCCCUCACCUCUCCCCCCUCGCUCUGAAUCCACCUCCUCCACCUCCUCCAUCCUUCUACGCCUCCUCCCCCAUCCCUCUCCUGGACGUCCCCGGUCCUUACCCGGCGUUCCACCCGGUCCAGAGCCACCAUGCCUCCCUUUACCCUCCUCCUCACCCGGCAGUCCUCCCCUUACAGGUUUUGUUCUGAAAAUUUAAAAUGAAUAAAAGCUGCAUUUUCCUAUUUUUCUGCAGAAAAUAAAAGCAGCUUUUAUGCAUCAUUGCCCGUGAGGCUGAGAACAAUUUCAGGAACACUUAAGUAGAAAAACAAAACGGAUCUUUUCUUAAAGCCAAACCUCCGGCAACCUCAUCACCCCGUCCAAACACUCAGAAAAAAAAUAAAAAUGAUGCCUAAUUAUCUUCAUCAGCCGCAAUCCUGCUGGAAAUGAGCCUCAGGUGUGCAGCCAGCGGGAUGCUGCUGAGGAAACACAGCUGGGCUCGAAUCAGCCGCCGCUCCUGUUUAGCAUUCUAAACCAAUCAUUUGCUUGUGAGGCAUGUUGGAGUAUUUUAGUUUUCUUUUUCUUCCGCGUGUGACUUUAAAGGAUUAAUUCACCCCCAGAUAUCUUCAAUCUGCCGUAAUAUAUGCAGAGGUUUUUUUUUUUUUUUUUUUUUAGGGGGGCUUUUUUCUUGUUGAAAUUCUAAUUUUUUCCCCCUCCUGAGAGCUUCCACUUGAGUCGGUGAUUUUCCUGCAUUUCCCUGAAUCGAAGGCAGGCGUGAAGUCGUUGCUGCUGCAGGUCGAGAGACACAAAAAGCUAUUUACCCGACGAGGGCAGAUUCUGAAAGGUCGAAACACAAUAUUUCUGCAUUUUUGCUGCAUGGUUUCAUCCAAACAUCUCAUCAUUUAGCAAAUAUAAAACAAUAAAACAUGAUCUGAUUAAGCUUCAGCUGCAAAAUAUUAACUUUUUGUCGAAUAAAAAGGACAUUCCAGAAUUGGAGGACAUUUGAAAAAAUAAACUAAAAUAAACUAGUUUUCUGCUCCAUAUUGAUCAAUAAUAGGUAAUAAACUAUCAAAGGCUUGAUUGGCUCAGCUUCCACAUCAAUGGUAGCAUUUUUAGUCCAUGUUUUAUUUGUUGUUUGCUAUCCCUACUCUAAUCACAGUAACAGGGUUGCUAAUCCACGCUAAUGUUAGCUUUUCUCAGCAGUAGCAGCUAGAUAUUUAGCUAGCUGUUACUGCUGACCAGAAACAAGACACAAAACGACAGAAACAGGACAAAAAAUGACAUAAACAAGACAGAUAACAACAAAAAUAGGACAGAAAAUGACAAAAACAAGAACAAAUCAACAAAAACAACACACAAAAUGACUAAACCAAGACACAAAAUGACAAAAACAUGACAAAAAAAAUGACAAAAACAAUACAGAAAAUGACAAAAACAAGACAGAAAAUGAUAUAAACAUGACACAAAGGAUAGAGACAAGACACAAAAUGACAGAAAUGAGAAACACAAUGGCAAAAACAAGACAGAAAAUGACCAAAACAACACAGAAAAUGAUAUAAAUGUGACACAAAGGAUAGAGACAAGACACGAGAUGACAGAAACGAGAUAGAAAAUGAUACAAACACAACACAUAAUGACAAAAACGUCAUCAACAGGUUAUGUUAACAUGUUGUGAGACACGUUCCACAAAUUAUUAUUAUUAUUUAAAAUAUAAUGUUGAUUAAAAACUGUUUUAAUUUAAUUUCAACUGUUUUAUUUGAGAUUCAGUUUGGUCAUCAGUGACAAGAGAAAAAUGUGACUUUAGGGGGAACUCCAGACUUAUUUGGUAUUUUAAAAAAUAUAUAUUUUCAAUCAAUCUUUUCUCCUAGUUUUUUGGAUUUGGUCUCAGAACAAGAUCAUUUACACAACAACUGCAUGUUUUAGUAUUUUGGAUUAUUUGAAUUUUGAUGAGCGGGAUGUUAAAUGUCCUCCAGUUCUGAAAUUAGAUUAAAUUUAAAAUUAAAGAAAAACUCCACCGAUUUUGCACAUUAAAAUUUGUCUCCAGGUCUCGGGGAGCUGCCUCUGAGGCAGUUUGUUGGGCGUUUGAAUAAAAUCUGCAGCUGGUUGCUCAUCAUACGACUAGAAGCUGGAGGCUGAAGUAGCAGCACCGCAUCCCUAAAACUAUUUACUACAUGGUACCUGGUAUUUUGUACAUGGAUUAUUUGAAAUUUGAUGGUGGGCCAUAAAAUGUCCUCUAAUUCUGGAGCGACACUCCUGAUCAGCUCCCCGUUCAUCAGGCGGUCUGACAGCUGAUGUUCCACUCAUUGACAAAAUAACUCGAGUGCUUUGUUUCAUUGAAAUGCAGGAAGCUUCUGAAUUCCACCUGAGCAGUUCCUCAGGGUGGGUUUUUCCUUUAAAGGGUUAUGAAGGAGGAUCCGGCCUCUUGCUUGCUUCGGUUUUAAUUAUUUCUACUUUGUGUCACAAAGUGUGGGAGUGAAAAUCCAUCACAAUUAAGAGAAUGCGAGUGCAUCUCUGUAAACCCGGAGAGGGCGACGCUCAGACUUCGGAGGUGUGAUCGGCAGCAGAAACGAUGAGCGAGGAGCAGAGUCACUCCCACACAUUGUUCUUCUCUGACGCUCCCUCUGAAGUCGAACAUCUGGCUGCGAUUGCUUUGGGCCAUCCCUGGCAGCGCCGAUCUGUCUCAGUCACUAUAGAUUACUGCGGUUUCAGACAGCAAACAAACAGAAACAAAUAACUAUGUGCAUUAAAAUUCAAUUUCAAAAAUCAUUUUUUUGGCUUACUGUUUUUUUGUGUGUGUGUGGGCGGAUCAGUGUUGUUACUCUGAGUAAAAUCUUUAGGAUGAAAAUCUAUCGAUCCUGGACACACACUGAUUAUUCUGCAGCCUCGCCCACUCUGCCGGCUUCAUGGAGGUUAUCAGGAACAAACUGAUGCUUCUUUUGCAGAUGUUCUACGGUGUGUUGGACAUGUCACCAUGGUGACACUGUAGAACUAAUGGUGACACUUUAGAACCAAUGGUGACACUGAAGAACCAAUGGUGACACUAUGGAACCAAUGGUGACACUAUAGAGCCAAUAGUGACGCUGUAGAGCCAAUGGUGACCCUGUAGAGUCAAUGGUGACACUAUGGAACCAGUGGUGACACUAUAGAGUCAAUGGUGACACUAUGGAGCCAAUGGUGAUGCUGUAGGGCCAAUGGUGACCCUGUAGAGUCAAUGGUGACACUAUGGAACCAGUGGUGACACUAUAGAGUCAAUGGUGACACUAUACAGCCAAUAGUGACGCUGUAGAGCCAAUGGUGACCCUGUAGAGUCAAUGGUGACACUAUGGAACCAGUGGUGACACUAUAGAGUCAAUGGUGACACUAUGGAGCCAAUGGUGAUGCUGUAGGGCCAAUGGUGACCCUGUAGAGUCAAUGGUGACACUAUGGAACCAGUGGUGACACUAUAGAGUCAAUGGUAACAGUAUAGAGUCAAUGGUGACACUAUAGAGUCAAUGGUGAUGCUAUGGAACCAGUGGUGAUGUUCAGUAUCCAGAAGUGAGUACACCCCUGUGCAGUAAAAGUGUCAGUAAUCGCAGUACUUCUAAUCUGUUUGCUGUGAUGUAAAAUUAAAAACCAACAGCUUAGAUUUACUAUAUUUAAAACACAGAUAAUUACUGAUUAGUGGUGCUAUAGCUCCUUCGAUACUUGCAGCCAUGAUUAGGGGCACUGUGGUUCCUUCUAGACCUCCUGAUUACUGCUGUUCACUGAUCUUCCUGGAUCAUGUUUUGCACUCAUGCAGCCUCGUAUCAUCAUACUUCCACCUCCAUGCUUCACUGUCAGGACGAUGCAUUCACUGUGGUAGUCCUGGUCAGUUUGGUUGGAUGUCUUCAGUUGUUUCUUUUUCUAUCUUUGUGAAGUCUGACAGUCAGAUUUAUUCACUUCCUGUGUUCAAUUAUUUCCCAUGUGGAGCCAUGAUGCAGACAUAGUCACAGUCCAUAGGUCCAAAACUGAUUGUUCUGCCAUUCACAGCUCGUUUUAGAAUCAUGUUCAUGCAGUUAGACUGACUGGAAAUCACAGUUUUGACUCGAGUUUUCACUUGAUUUACUUUUGCUGCUUUGAGUUUCUACUCUGAGGUCCAAUUUUUCAGUAUAUUCCGUCUGAAGCGUCAGUUUUUGGUUGUUGCUAAGAGCUAGCACUCCACUGUUCAGCCUAAAAACAUUGAUAUUUCUGCAAAUUUAUGCAGUUUUGAAUCACGUGACACUGCACAGGGGUUCUCACUCCUCUUGUACCUGCAGUUUGCUUUCACAAAAACCCACAACUUCUUCUUGCAGCUCCGAGCGUAAAACAUCAGGAUUAUAUUUAGCCAGUGUGACAGUGCUCGUACAGCGAGUGUGUUCUCUCCCUGUAGCCAUGCACCACGAGGGGUUAGAAACCAUAUGUUCUCCAUGAACGUAGGUUUUAUUUAUUAAUGUGAUGAACUGAUUGCAUUAGAGGAGAAUAAAGCUGUUCUUAGAUGUAUUUUUGUAGAGAACCCCUCAGUUGAAUGAGGCACAGUUUUUGUAUCAUGUACUCUGAUGCUAUUUUAGCUAGUAAACGGACCCCACAGCCACUGAAUAUCCGUCUCCUUGUUAAUCUGUUGUAUGUUUGUUCCGGUCAUCAAUCGCUGGGGCUUAAAAGGCCACGUUUGAGUUCCUUCAGAGAGCAGUUUCACCCUGUUUUUGUCAGAGAAAUGUCUUGAGAUCUGAUAAACUAAUAUUUAGCUGACUUUUUUGUGUAAUCUAAUUUCAGCCAAACUCAUAUCCACAGAUAUUAUCCCCGCUAAUAUGAUAGAUCUAGUAAAUCCAUUGAGAAAAACAAAUUAUUCUGAAAAUGGAAAUAAAUCGGUAGACUUGAUAUCAGA